CUCCUCACUUUCGCCUUAGGGCGAGGCCUUUGGCCGGGCGGCUCGAUCUGGCUUGGCUUGGCUUGGCCGGGCCUAGUCUGGCCGGCUGAAGCACAAGCAAACACGUGGAAAACAGGCAGGUCUGGGCCGCCUCAGGCGCUUUUCCCCCUGGAGUCGGUGACCUGUUUGCUGCGGUCUAGAAAUAUGGCAGACAUUGACAACAAAGAACAGGCUGAGCUUGACCAGCAAGAUAUGGAAGAUGUUGAGGAAGUAGAAGAGGAAGAAUCUGGUGAGGAUGCUAACAGUAAAGCACGCCAACUAACUGUACAAAUGAUGCAGAAUCCUCAGAUUCUUGCAGCUCUCCAGGAAAGGCUUGAUGGCUUGGUUGGAACACCUACAGGAUAUAUAGAAAGCUUGCCUAAAGUAGUUAAGAGACGAGUAAAUGCACUCAAGAAUCUUCAAGUUAAAUGUGCACAGAUAGAAGCAAAGUUUUAUGAAGAAGUUCAUGAACUGGAAAGAAAAUAUGCUACCCUUUAUCAGCCCUUAUUUGACAAGAGAAGUGAAAUAAUCAAUGCUGUUUAUGAACCUACUGAAGAAGAAUGUGAGUGGAAAACAGAUGCGGAAGAAGAAAUUUCAGAGGAAAUGAAAGAGAAGGCCAAGCUGGAAGAGGAGAAAAAAGAUCAAGAAAAAGAUGAUCCUAAAGGAAUUCCUGAAUUUUGGCUGACAGUAUUCAAGAAUGUUGAUUUACUCAGUGAUAUGGUUCAGGAACACGAUGAACCUAUCCUGAAGCAUUUAAAAGAUAUUAAAGUGAAGUUUUCAGAAGCUGGAGAACCCAUGACUUUUACUUUAGAAUUCCACUUUGAACCUAAUGAAUUUUUCACAAAUGAAGUAGUAACAAAAACAUACAGAAUGAGGUCAGAACCCGAUGAUUCUGAUCCUUUCUCCUUCGAUGGACCAGAAAUUAUGGGCUGCACAGGGUGCCAAAUAGAUUGGAAAAAGGGGAAGAACGUUACUUUGAAAACUAUAAAGAAGAAACAAAAGCACAAGGGCCGUGGAACAGUUAGAACAGUGACAAAAACUGUUUCCAACGAUUCCUUCUUCAACUUUUUCAGUCCUCCAGAAGUUCCUGAAAGUGGGGACUUGGAUGAUGAUGCUGAAGCAAUUCUUGCAGCUGAUUUUGAAAUUGGCCAUUUUCUACGGGAGCGCAUAGUUCCACGAUCAGUAUUGUAUUUUACAGGAGAAGCCAUUGAAGAUGAUGAUGACGAUUAUGAUGAAGAAGGUGAGGAAGCUGAUGAUGAGGAAGGGGAGGAAGAAGCAGAUGAAGAAAAUGAUCCAGAUUAUGACCCAAAGAAGGAUCAAAACCCAGCAGAAUGCAAGCAGCAGUGAAACAGUGUGUAUGUGGCCUUGAGGAUUAUCUGCACUGUAAUAGCCUAAAUACAACUAUUAGUUACUUACAGCCUUAUGUUUUGUAUCUUGGUAGAAUUAAGUAAAUAUUUUGUUAAAACAAACUGACAGAACCGGUUUAAAAUGUAGGUUCCUUGUACCUAGCAUUUUAAUAGUACUUUUCUGCCAAUAUGUAGAAUGCAGUAAAUCCUAAAGCAUGAAUUGUUAAUUCAUUGCUAUAUAUAGUUUGGUUCUAGUGAAGUCUGUUGUCAUGUAGCUAUUAGACUGCAGCUGUGAAGAUACCAGAACUCUUGACGGAGACCACUAUUUGUUUAGAAAAAAUCCUUUCCCAGAGAACCAACCAAAGUAUUUUUUGGCCCAGUAGUUUAAAUGGGUUUAAGUCUGCUUGCACUGGCUGUGCCUUCAUUACUUUGUCAUAGAAAUAGCAGUGACUUGUACUAAUUAGGAAAUGACAUACGUUUUCAAAUUUCAUAACUUCCAUAUAAACUGUUAAUUUCCAUCAAGACCACAUUGAAUGUUCAUAAUUGUCUGCUUGUUUAUGCUCUAGGUUUUUGUAUUUUGUGAUGGUGACCUACAGAAAAUCUCUAGAAACAUCAUAUUAAGGUUGUUUAUCACUGGGAUGUGAAUAAACCUAGUAUUUUCAGAAA